AAAGUUCAUCGUUCCACCUCAAGGAAGAAUGUGUAUUUUGUAUUAGCAUGUUGUGCUGUCGUUGACAGGGAAGGUUAUGUUGUUUUGGAAGGAAUGCGAAAAAAAUAUCUUGUUUGCAAUUCGUUAGCGUUUACCCCCCGAACGAAAGAAAAUGGACAUUGUUAUUUUGUUGACAAUUGCAUCUGGGCUUGUUAUACUGCUAAUAGCCCUUGCUUUAUUAAAGCAGAAGAAAGUUGUACAAGAUGAACCCAGGGUUAGAGCAGCCGGCAACCAGAGAGUUCAAGACAGACGUUUGCCGCGAAGAGCAGUAGCAGCAAGAGCGCGCCUGAGAGCCAGGGGAGAAGCAGCUGUACACGAUGACUCUGAAGCUGAAGAUGAGCCUGUACAAGAUACAGCUGAAAGUUUGGACUUGGGUGAUGCAAAAGUUGGUGCAAAAAAGAGGGCAAAACUGGAAGCAAAAGCUGAACGCAAGGCUCAGAGGGAGGCAGAAGAACGAGAACGUGAGGAACGAAAGCGCCGCCAGGAACAGAGUGAAGCUGAAAGACAAAAAGAAGAAGAACGUGCUGCCUUAGAACAGAAACAAAAAGAAGAAGCUGAGAGACGUGCUCUUGAGGAAAAGGAACGUCAGGAGCAUGAGGAAUAUCUAAAAAUGAAAGCAGCAUUCAGUGUUGAGGAGGAGGGCUUUGAUGAAAAUGCUGAAACUGAGGGCGAAUCAAAUCUGCUUCAGGAAUUUGUUGAGCAUAUUAAAAACAUGAAGGUGGUGGUUCUGGAAGAUUUGGCUGCAACAUUUAAGCUCAAGACACAAAAUGUUAUUGACAGGAUACAAGAACUUCAAGCUGAAGGAACUCUUACAGGUGUGAUUGAUGAUAGAGGCAAGUUCAUCUACAUUUCUCAACCAGAGAUGGAGGCAGUUGCCAAAUUUGUUAAACAACGUGGGCGUGUGACUAUUACUGAACUUGCAGAAAACAGUAAUCGUCUUAUUACCCUAACCCCAAGGAAUACCAUGCUUGAGAAAGGACUAGCAGGUUCAUAAGCUAAUAAGUAAUUGUUUUGAAUAAAAAAAGAGGACAAACUGCCA